AGCCCGCCCGCCCGCCCGCGAAGAUGUCCGAGGUGCGGCUGCCGCCGGUGCGGGCGCUGGAGGAUUUCUUGCUGGGCUCCAGCCGGCUGUCUCCGCCGGACGUGCGAGACCUGCAGCGCUGGCACAACCGCGUCGUCAACAACCUGCUGUACUACCAGAGCAACUACCUGCUGGUGCUGGGCGCGGGGCUGCUGCUCGGAGGGUCAGUCCGGCGCCGGGGCCGCGCAAGCUGCGCUCGCUCCUGCGCUCUCGGGGGCGCACGCCCGAAAGACGCGCGCCGCAUCCUCGGGGGCCAGACGGGUGGGUGGGUGGUCAAAGGAGGAGCGGGGUGGAAGCGGGUUAAAUCCGGGGUGAAACCCCAAAUGCCUUGAGUUGGGGGCCGGAUUGAGGUUGGAUGAGGCCCUAAGCUGCUGAAGGCAGUGGGGCCCUUGAGAUGUUCGGCUGUCCUUUGUCAACAACAAAUUGUGCCUUUUUUUGUGUUGAUUUAUAUGGUAAUUUUAAAGCGAGAUGAGUGCCAAAACCCCAGAGUCGGUCAUGACUGGACCUAAUGGUCAGGGGUCCCCUUUACCCUUUAUAUGGUAAUUUAUGGACCUAAUAGGUAUCUAAAGCCAUUUGCACAUAACAAAAUAUGUAUUUUAUGAGGGCCGGAUUUAGGUUUGAUGAGGCCCAAAGCUACUGAAGGUAAUGGGGCCCUUGAUAUGUCCAGCUGUUCUUUGUUAAAAACAAAUUGUCGCUGUUUUUUGUGUUGUAUAUGUACGCUAUAUGGUAAUUUAUGGACCUAAAGCCAUUUGCACAUAACAAAAUAUGUAUUUGUUGAGCUGAAAUACAAUUAAGAAGAACUAUAUUAAUAGUAAAAUACAAUUAAGAAGAAGUAUAUUUUUUGGGGGGUGGCCAAGAGAGUGGGGCCCUAAACUAUAGUUUUAACUUAUACGUAAAUCCCGGCACUGGAUUUAAUGCAUGUUCUGGCUUUGUCCAUGGGCGUAGCUGGGAUUUUUGUUGUGGGGGGAGCAGUCCUUUUGUUGGAGCAGAACCUCAGUUUGCUAUGCAUUUUUAUUGAUUGGGGGGAUAGCUGCCCCUCCCUGCCCCCCCUACUCCCAUGGGCUUGGCUCUCUUUUGUGUACCCACGCCCGGUGGCUUACACUGGUUGCAGAUGCUGUAAAUUGGUGAUGGAGGAGUCCCUGCGGCUGGAUGUUGUUGGACUCCAACUCCCAUCAGGCACGGCCAACGUGGCCAGAGAGAAGGGAUGAAGGGAGGGCAGGGCUGCAGGCUGCUUCUCCAUUAAAGAAAUCCCUAUGGGUAGGAGGGGGAAAGAGAUGUGCAAGAUGGAAUCGCCUCUUUCCUAACCUCCCCUCCUCACUUCCUUUCAUUUUAUUGCUCUUGUGGUGCCUGUAGCGGUAAGAUGACAGAUUGCAAGCUGAAGCUUUUGGCCACGACUCCUCUCCAACCCGGGAAAAGGGUUGCAUGUAUAGGGGACUCUGGUUAAACGCAUAGGGGUGGCCAAGCAGGCCCAGUAGUACAGGCAGUAGGGCUUCUCUUAAACUGAGCCCAGAGCUCGAUCAUAGAAUUGUAGAAUUGGGAGGGUCACAUUUAGUCCAACCCCAGGAAGCUGUUGUCAGUGCAAGAGCCUAAGAUCCUGUGUUUCUUAGCAGUCAAAUUGUUGCGGGGGGGAGGGCUGUUCAGGAUUCCAAACAUGCUCCCCCACCCCCAAUCCUUUAUUCCCUCUCCUAUACACAGUUACAUGAGAGUAGGUCUCGUGGAAUUUAUAGGAACUUACUUCCCACUAGGGAUGCGGGCGGCGCUGUGGGUUAAACCACUGAGCCUAGGACUUGCCGAUCAGAACGUCGGCGGUUUGAAUCCCCGCGACGGGAUGAGCUCCCGUUGCUCCGUCCCUGCUCCUGCCAACGUAGCAGUUCUAAAGCAUGUCAAAGUGCAAGUAGAUAAAUAGGUACCGCUCCAGUGGGAAGGUGCAUUUCCGUGCGCUUCUCUGGUUCGCCAGAAGCGGCUUAGGCAUGCUGGCCACAUGACAUGGAAGCUGUACGCCGGCUCCCUCGGCCAAUAAAGCGAGAUGAGCGCCGCAACCCCAGACUCGUCCUUAAUGGUCAGGGGUCCCUUUAUCUUUACCUUUUUACUUCCCAGUAGACAUACAUAGUGUUUUACGAAAAACUGCUCCCUUUCCCUUAUGGGGUACUCCGGAGCCCAUAUAGAGUCCUUAAGUGGGUUCCCUAUCGGUAGGAGAAAACAACAGAGGCCUUCCAGAGUAUUUUGAGAAGCUAAGCGGCCUGAUCUUUAUUCAAGGAACUGUUUCAACAGGAUCCCCACUCACCGCACGCACGAGGGAGGGGAACCCGGAACAAUGGUGCACAAGCCCUUAUACAGUGGUACCUCAGGUUACAUACGCUUCAGGUUACAGACUCCGCUAACCCAGAAAUAUUACCUCAGGUUAAGAACUUUGCUUCAGGAUGAGAACAGAAAUCGUGCUCCGGCGGCGUGGCGGCAGCAGGAGGCCCCAUUAGCUAAAGUGGUGCUUCAGGUUAAGAAUAGUUUCAGGUUAAGUACGGAGCUCCGGAACGAUUUAAGUACUUAACCUGUGGUACCACUGUAUAGACUUUUGAAAUUGCCCACACUGUAGCCCAAGACCCGCCUCCCCCUCCCCCAAAAAAACCCCUUCCACCAUAGAUGCAUCACAGAAGGAGGCAGUCUCCGGCAGAAAUUCUGUUUGCCAGGAUACCUGAUGAUGGUCACUGAUUGCAUAACCUGGGCAGUCUGGCCAUUUUUUUCUGAUGGUUAAGACUUUAGUUCCUGGAUCCAGGUCACAGGCUCACCCUAUUCACAAACAAAUACGCCCUUAAGACAGGAUUUGUAAGCAAAAAGACAAUGGGAAGGCUUUUCCCAUUUGCCUCCCCAUUUGCAGAGGAAUAUCUGAGGUCAUUGGAAGAGUCAAAAUGGCUUCAGGAUUGCUCUCCCAUACUUUUUCAGACACAUGGUUCAUAUAUUUAGAAAUCAGUGCAUUUAUUAUUAUUUAUUCUAUAGCUGAGACCUUAAAAUUCUUAUAACAAUGGUAUUGGCCUGGAAACAUGGCUUCUGAGAAGAAGAAUUUUCUUCCAGGAUUGAGGUUCAUCUAGGUCAUCCCUUCCAAGUGAACGGUGAGGUUGUGGGUGAUACCAAAUGGUUCAGGAUGGUGAAAUCCAGAAUGGAUUAUUAAGAGGACCGAAAGGAUGUCCUUGCAGGAGAGGUGAAUGGCAGGCACUCCGACAGAACAGAGAUUAGAUUAGGUUUGCCAUAUUUCAAAAAGUGAAAAUCUGGACACAAAAGUUGUUGAGCUCCCCCCUUUUUUUUUCUUUUCUUUUUGCCCAAAGUUGUUGAACUUGUUUUGGAACUAUUUUUUAAUGAAAUCUGCUAAAAUCUACACCACCGACAUUGACUGCCAUAUAGCCGGAUUUUCCCAGACAUUUCAGCAAUUUCCACCCGGAAAUCUGUUUACAAGAACUGAACACCGGCUAUGUCCAGGAAAUUCUGGACGUAUGGCAACCCUAGAUUAGAUGCGACUGUAAAGCUACAUAUACCAGCAAUGAAACUGCAAUGUUCCAUUUAGCCCUGAGAGGAGCGAGAAAUAGCAGAAUCAGUGUUGCAAAAUCAUUUCUGCCAAGGUUCUCUGCAUUAUUUUUAGCAGGACUCAUGGUGAUCUAUUGUAAACAAAGCUUAUUGAUCUGUCUUCUAUGCAUUUGUUCAUCAUCCUGUGCAAAAAGGGUUUUAAGGCAAAUUACGGCAAAAAAUAUAGUGCACAUAACAAAAUACAAAAUCCCAUAAAAAUAAGCAGCAAUAAACAACCAUUAUAAGUGAUCAAACACUAAAUCCCAGCAAUUAAAACUCUCCAACCAUCCAGUAAUAUCAGCACAAUCACCAGAAGAUGACAAACGAACAGUCAGUGAUCAGGAAAGAGUCUGGGAGAAAAGAAAAAUAUUGACGUGGUGCCGGAAAGAUGUUAAAGUCAGUGGCAGACAAGCUUCUUUAGGGGGAAUAUUCCACAGGGUGAUAGGGGGUGGGGACGAGAGCAAGAAACGCCCUUACUCAUUUCACCUCCAUUCAGAGUCCUGCCCCAUGACCAGUUCUCUGGCCAAAUAGUAAAGGCCGCUACUUAAAACAGGUGUUAAAAGUAAGGACCAGCCCACAAGACCACCUCAUGCUAACAGGAUAUACAGUCAUACCUCGGAUUACAGACGCUUGAGGUUGCGUUUUUUUGGGUUACGGACCGCCGAAACCCGCAAGUACCAGAACGGGUUACGUCCGGGUUUUGGCGGUCGCACAUGCAUAGAAGCGCUAAAUCACACUUUGAGCGUGCGCAGAAGCGCCAAAUCACAACCCGUGCGUGCGCAGAAGCACCGCUGUGGGUUGCGGAUGCUACAGGUUGCGAACUUGCAUCCUGCACGGAUCACGUUUGCAACCCAAGCGUCCACUGUAUUGUUUUUAAAUGGAAUCAUAGGAGCCAACUCCUAGAGGCCUGUGGGGGUUUCAGCCUCCACAAUAAAAUAUUUGAGGAGACUGCCCAGCCCCCAAGUUGAUGGGCAUCGCCCUUCAAAUGGAGUUUGUGCCCUGUGUCCUGUGAUCGGUGGUGCGAGGUGGGGCUGACCUGGGUCCCCACAAUAUUUUAUUCAAGUGGACACCCCUGAAUGGAAUUGACAUUGCAUUCCUAGUUCCCACCCUGCCCGUUUCCUUGCAGGUACUUUCGCCCCUUGUUGACUCUGCUGAGCGCUGCUCUCGUGACGCUGAUCUUUGUGGGCUUCAUCUGGGCGGCUGAAAACAAGGCUCCCGUGCGACGCUUCCGGCGGAAUUACCCCGGCACCUGCCUCCUUACCAUCCUCGGCUCUGCCUACUUUCUGGUGUCUCUUCUUGAUGGCUCUGCCACCUUCUUGUUUUUCAUUGCUCUGCCCAUAACGUGUAAGUCCCAAAAGGGAAGAGGGGUAGACAUGGCAGGGGCGCAUCCAGGUUAAUGUGAUUGUUGUGUCUCGUUGCUGAGAUCUUGCAAAUCUAGUGCACUGUUAAUGUUUGCAUGGAACUUUAGCUUCAAUAUAGAAUACCGUAUUUUUCGCUCUAUAGGACGCACUUUUUCCCCUUCAAAAAUGAAGGGGAAAUGUGUGUGCGUCCUAUGGAGCGAAGAUGCCAUAGCCCCGCGACCCUCUCCCGGCUGGAGCCUCUCUGCUGCGCCUUUCCGCUGCUCCCUGACCUGCUCUUUGGGGCUGGUGGUGGGCUUCCCCCCGCCAGCCCCAAAGAGCAGGUCGAAAGGAACCUGAAGCCUGGAGAGCGAGAGGGGUCAGUGCACACCGACCCCUCUCGCUCUCCAGGCUUCCCUGGUCGCCGCCUGGACGCACCUUAAACGGCACCUUGUUUUAGAGCGGGAAAACAAGAGGGAAAGUUCUCCCCUCUCUGUGCAGUGCCUCCUGCUGCUUCACUGAAGGGGCGCUGGGCAGAGAGGGGGAAAUUUUUUUUUUCUUGUUCUCCCCCCUCUAAAACAAAGUGCGUCCUAUUGUCCGGUGCGUCCUAUGGUGCGAAAAAUACGGUAAUUCAGUAGUGCAAUAAGCAGAACAAUUUGCGUUCUCUGACCAUUCCUGAGUAGAAUCUAUUCUGGCAUGGAAACCACAGUAUUUAUUUAUUUUUAAAAUAAUUUAUUAUUAUUAAAAUAAUUCAACAUUAAUACAUACAUGUUACGAAUAUACAAACAUACAAACAUACAUUUCAUACAAUCCUUAAAAGCAUUCAUACAUACCCACACAUACCUCAAUCUGUGGGAUUGAAUGUGGGUAUCUAGGAAACCACAGUAUCUUAGCUUUCUCUUAAAAUAAAAAAAACCCCUCUAGUUCUCAUAGAGGUUCAGAUGAAUCUGAAAACACACAGCCUCUGCAAAAAGCCCCGGUGCUCAGGGGUCUACCUCCCAAAUGUUCUGGACCCCACAUUCUGCACAAACCUCUACAUAGGUAGGUAGAUUGAAGACAAACCUUCCUACAUGCAACUGGCUAAGUUGCCUGUUACUUUGAACAUCAAAACAAGUUGCAUCACUGCAUGGCUAUUAAAUUUGUUCAUUGAACAGCUGUCAUGGUUGAUUGAUGGCUGGUGUUAAUCUGUGUUCCAGUCUGACUUGUUAGUUCUACGAAGACCAAGGCUAGGUUGAUGCUCAGACGCUUCCUUCUGUAAUAUGUGUGUAAGACAAAAUGUCCUAUAUUUACACACCGAUCAGUUCUCCCUUGCGGUGUUUCCAUGAUCCAGUUAGGGCUCAGUGCAUGUUGCAGUGCUGCUGGAGCCCAGAAAAUCUACAUCAUGUGGUAUUAAGUCCAGAGUCUCUCAGCUUUCACUUUUUAAAAAAAGUAAAGUUCUAGUGCUGGUGGUUGAGAAGUUAAGCUUGAAAGUGUUUGGUGCAACGGCGGAAAUCUUUUCAUGAGUAGGAGCCAGUCGUGGGGCUUCUGUGAUCUGCAUGGCUCCUUCCUUUAUCCAAAAUAAAGUAUGCACAAUAAUUAAAAAUGCAGAAAGAGCCAUCCAAUUUAAGAGGAAUCAUGCAAAUUUGCUCUUUUCGCCUAGUUUAUUUUGCUUUCAGCAUUUUAUUUUACAGUAUUUUUUAUUAGGCAAGGGUACCGACAGCCCAGGCUGUGUUUGCCUGUCUUUAUCCUUCUCACACUCAUUGAGUUGAAUGAUGGAAAAUCUCCCUACAGCUCUUAGGAAAGCUUGUGGUAGAGAGGAAAGGGGUACUCUAGCCUUGCACUUUUUGCCCUGGAUGAAUGAACUACCACUUGGGUCUUUCUUCUUUGGCGAUCCCUCGUAGCUGAGGAAGAUUGUCUUCCAUAAACACGGUUUUAACAAUGAGUCCGUAAGUGACUGUGGAGGCCAAUUCUGGAUCCACAUGUCCUUCCACAGUGGGGACAUUGGCUUCCGGGCGGGAGUUGAUCACGGUGUGGAUUUGCCAAGCGUGCCUUCCUCUUAGCACAUUUCUCCCUUGCGUCCUGAGUUUGAGUGUCUUCAAAGCCCAUGACACCUUUGGUAAAGGCUGUUCUCCAACUGGAGCGCUCGCAGGCAAAUGUUUCCAAAUUGUUGGUGUUUAUGGGACGCGGGUGGUGCUGUGGGUUAAACCACAGAGCCUAGGACUUGCUGAUCAGAAGGUCGCCGGUUCAAAUGGGGUGAGCUCCCUUUGCUUGGUCCCUGCUCCUGCCAACCUAGCAGUUUGAAAGCAAGAAGUGCAAGUAGAUGAAUAGGUACUGCUCCAGCGGGAAGGUAAACGGUGUUUCCAUGCGCUGCUCUGGUUCGUCAGAAGCAGCUUAGUCAUGCUGGCCACAUGAUCCGGAAGCUGUACGCCGGCUCCCUUGGCUAAUAAAGCGAGAUGAGCGCCACAACCCCAGAGUCAGCCACGACUGGACCUAAUGGUCAGGGGUCCCUUUACCUUUACCUUUAUGCUACAUUUUUUUAAGAUUUGCCUUGAGACAGUCUUUAAACCUCUUUUGUUGACCACCAGCAUUAAAGGCCCAUCCAUGAGAAUUUCUUAACGUCACUGCCCUGCAGACCCCAUCCUAUGUCUCGGAAUCUCAGGUCAAAGCACCGGGGGCACAUCCCAGAGGCGUAGUGGGGCUGUGGCUCUAGUAGCACAAGUUUGAGGGGUUGCAGCUAAGCGCCCCCAUGACAGGCUCCCGCAUUGAGGUCGGAGCCACGGGGGAGGCAAGUUGCACCGGAGCUGGGCCUUCAGGGCUGUGGCGACAGCGGCGUCUCCUUCAUCUCAUGGCCAGUGAAGGGACACCUGUCUGUGCCCCACCCCUGGGCCGUCCGAGGGGGAGGGCGCUGCUGCCACCGCCCACCAAAAAGGGAGGGAGCAGUGGCACUUGUGGUAGUGCUGUUCCACUCCUCUGCUGGUCUCUGAAGUGUACCAGGGAGCUUCAGAGGCCCCUUGCUCAGCAUUGGCCCAGCGCCACCAGGCCACAGCUCUUGACCCAGGGUGGGUGCAGUGGAGAGGAAGAGCAGAGUGGCAGCAACCCCACACUUAUCCUCCACUGGGCUCCGGCACACAAGUACUACCGGGCUCCCGAGGCCAGCAGGGGCUGUGCAAUCCUUGCCCUGUCCCGGGUGCCGGCAACCUGCCCCUGGCACAUGCUAUUUUAUUCUUGCUGCAAGUGACCUCGGACUCGGCUAUACAGCUGCAAAUAAAACGUUUCAAGUGUGUUGUAAAGUGCAAUAUACAAAUGUGACACCAGGUGGUGAUGGUGAGCUAUGGCAAAUUCAAUAUAUUUUUCAAAACUUUUUUUUUUAAAAAAAAGCAUUUUCACAGCUUUUUUUAUAUGUGCGGAGAUUCCACUCUUGUCAGUAGGCUAGUAGUGAUUUGGUCAACCUAAGCAGGGAUUUGAAUCUCCUGCUCCCAAUUCAAGUUGAAUCCCUAUUCACUGUAUCACUAAGCAGAUGACCGACUCUCUUGGGAGUCUUGUCUGCAGGAAGCUUUCUUUUAAUAGGUUGUUUUUGGCAUGGUUGCUUUGCGGCUGCUCCAACAAAGCUGGAGAGACAGUCGAGAUGAUGACCUGGGGGACUGACCUGAUUCCUCCUGUGGAACUGCCUGCAACUCCCUUUGCUCUCAUGGUACUAGUCUCCCCUGCUUCCCUUCUUGAAGGAAGAGAUCUGUAGCAGGAGAACAUAAGUUAUUUCUUUUUCCAUGCUUUGUCACUUCAAUUCUCUUGUAAUAAACGAAAAUCUGCCCUUAUUCCCUUAUGGGGGACACAAGAGCCCUUAUAGGGUCCUUUGUAGGUUCUCCAUUGGUUGGAGGAAAACAGCCCCCUUCACACACUGGAGAAGGAGGAGGACCCAGAACCAAGGUGUGCCCGCCCUUAUAUAGACAUUUCAUAGAAUCAUAGAAUCAUAGAGUUGGAAGAGACCACAAGGGCCAUUGAGUCCAACCCCCUGCCAAGCAGGAAACACCAUCAGAGCACUCCUGACAUAUGGUUGUCAAGCCUCUGCUUAAAGACCUCCAAAGAAGGAGACUCCACCACACUCCUUGGCAGCAAAUUCCACUGUCAAACAGCUCUUACUGUCAGGAAGUUCUUCCUAAUGUUUAGGUGGAAUCUUCUUUCUUGUAGUUUGGAUCCAUUGCUCCGUGUCCGCUUCUCUGGAGCAGCAGAAAACAACCUUUCUCCCUCCUCUAUGUGACAUCCUUUUAUAUAUUUGAACAUGGCUAUCAUAUCACCCCUUAACCUCCUCUUCUCCAGGCUAAACAUGCCCAGCUCCCUUAGCCGUUCCUCAUAAGGUAUCGUUUCCAGGCCUUUGACCAUUUUGGUUGCCCUCCUCUGGACACGUUCCAGUUUGUCAGUGUCCUUCUUGAACUGUGGUGCCCAGAACUGGACACAGUACUCCAGGUGAGGUCUGACCAGAGCAGAAUACAGUGGCACUAUUACUUCCCUUGAUCUAGAUGCUAUACUCCUAUUGAUGCAGCCCAGAAUUGCAUUGGCUUUUUUAGCUGCCGCGUCACACUGUUGGCUCAUGUCAAGUUUGUGGUCAACCUAGAUCCAUUUCACAUGUACUGCUCUCAAGCCAUUUUAAAUUGCCCACCUUGGAGUCAAAGCACCACCACUCCAGAUAUAUCACAGAAAGGGUGGGCUAAAGCAGAAAUCUGAGUGGUUUGUUUACCUUCUGUCUGGCAAGUUACCUGUUAAUGCUUACUGCAUUGAUACCCUGGGGAGCCUGGCCAGUCUUUUGUAAUGAUAAGUACUUAGUUCCUGAGCCAAGUCACAGGCUCACCCUAUUCAUACACAGACAUACCCUUAAGACAUUUGUGAAGGAAAAGACAAUGGGGAGGCUCUUCCAUUUGACCUUGCAGAAAAAACACCUGGUCAGCCUGGGAGUCAAAAUGGCUCCAUGGCUUCUCUCCUGUGGAGCUUCAGACAUGUGGCCUAUAUAUCUAUGUACAUGUUUGCCUGGUACAUUUAUGAACGUUUAUUAUUUACGUAAGACCGUAAUUUAUUUAUUUCGCCCUUCUACCUCCCCCAACCCUUUCUCCACUGCAGUGACCCUCAUCCAUGCCUCCCUGCGUCUCCGGAACCUCAAAAACAAGAUUGAGAACAAGAUAGAGAGCAUCGGACUCAAGCGCACUCCCAUGGGUCUGCUCCUGGAAGCUCUAGGACAGGAACAGGAAGCCGGAUCCUAGACGAUUCUCUUUUAAUUCUCCCUUUUCCCUUUGGAAAUAUGCUACCUUCCUUCCAUUGACUGUUCACUUUCCCCCUCUCUGAUCCCCAGCCUGUCUGCUGUCUGUUCACUUAACCCAACCUAGCGGCCCAGCUAUGAGCUCAUGCAAAAGGCGGCCUGUGUCCUGUGGAUCAGAGCAGAUGGCCAUUGGGACUCCCUGUCCCCAAUGAAUGAGGCUUGAUAGCAGAGUAGAAGGGGAACUGCAAAUAGAGUGGAAAUCAAGGUAGUAUUUCUUACUGGCUGUUAAGUAUUAAGUACUGCGACUCUUUACCUGUUUAAGUUUAAAAGGGUUCCAGUGCAUGAGAAAGGGAGAAGCAGCUGAAAAUAAGAUUUAUGAAAGACAAGGCUGUAUUAUCUUUUUUAUUAAAAAAAAACUGGUGUAAAAUGUUAGACUGUAGUAUGCCUAGACACAUUUAAAAAAACAAAUGACCCAAGGAUCAGGACUUGAUCCUAGAGCAAAGAACAGUAGCCAGCCAACCAAUUAAAAGGGAGCCUCGUUCUAAUUAUUCCAAGCGCGGCCGAACUUUAGUAUUUACUAGUAUAGCAUUACUUAGCAUUUAUAUAGCAGCUCCAAACACUCCCAAGUGCUCCACCUACAGCAUGUACUCCUUUCAACAGCCAUGUUGUGCAACUCAGUACUUGAUCCCCACAUUGCAGCUAGAGGGAAGUGGGGCCUGCAGAAAGCUGCUCUUCUGUAGAACACCUGGCCUCUUGUUUUCAGAAAAGGGAGAUUAGGCAAGAGUUCGGAUUGGAUGGAGGAAAGGGGAAAAGUAAUUUUGAAGAAGCUCUAGCUAAGUCAGAAAUGGGGAGCCUUUUCUUGAACUACAGCUCACAUGUCUCUGGCCAUUGGGCUAGUAAUUCAUUAACCCUGUGGGCUUCCCUUAUCUUAUGCAUUGUGUGGAAGGGACACUCCGAAGUUCAGAAGCUGUGUAGCAACCUAUACAUUCCGCUCCGCAGAGGGAACCCCCAGGCAAAGGGCGAGAGGUUCUUAAGAGGAGCAGAAGAGGCUUGUCUAGCCAUUUCCAGAGACCAAUCAGGCAGAGUUUGACUCCUUGUCUUUUGCGGAGUCCUUACAGUAUUCAAAACUUCAGAGAAUGGACCAAACCCCGGUAUAGUGUGUCUUUAAGAGAUGUAGCUGAAGGGUAGGAUGUUUUAAUAAAAUGAAGGAGCUUGGAGAUUCUACAAGCAUUGCCAAAAAUAACAACUGUCCAAGGGGUUCAGAUAUUGUACCUCUCCAUUUCUUCUGUAUGCAGUUUGCAUUUAUUGGGUAAUGGGAGGAAAUCAGUUUCAAAACCUUCUGUAUGGCACUUUUUUUUGCAGAAAAAAAAAUGUUAUUGAUUGACAAAAUGACUUAAUCACUAAGUCUCUCUCUGUGUGUGUGUGUGUGUGUGUGUGUGUGUGUGUGAAGGGGAGGUGGCCGCCUCUGUACCCCUCAAUUUUGUGUGUAUGAGGAAGGAAAAAGCAAGCGCAACCACUGCAACCUCUAUGAAUCGCGCCUCCUUUUACUCUCGCUUGCCUUUCAGGAGCCCUAUGCCCAGCAGUGGAUUCCUUCAAUCUCUCUCGCCCGAUUCAUGACCGUUCUGCCAAUGUGCCCCUCGAUUAAACUGUGUGCUAAUUUGAUCGUUCUGUGACAGCAAACAUUUCUGCUUGCUGGACGGGACAAUCUUCCCUCUCCUCCCCCUGCCCGUUCUUCUAGGGGUUCUCUAACCGUCGCCUGAACCAAUUUGGGAGGACAAGGCCUGUUAUGCUAGCAGAACUCUUUGUUCUGGUUCCUGACAGUGUAUCUGUUUCGCUGAAUCCAGCCCUGUAUGUAUAAGACCAGGAAUCCAUAGCUGAAGGAGUCCUUUCUUGGGCUCUCUCCAUAGGUUGUGCUUUGGUUUCAGCCAUCUGUGUGCUCAGCAGCAGUGCCAACUUAUUAAUACAACUUUUCGCCCCAUAGGACGCACCUAGUUUUUUUUUUGGGGGGGGGAAUAAAGAGAAAAAAAUUUAUCCCCCCCCAGCCGCGGCUUCAGCGCGCCCCGCACUCCGGGCAGUAGGCUGCUAUCCACAGCCUAGGGAGCCCUGCGAAUUCCUAGAAUUCGAUAUUGUAUUUAAAUGCACUAUUGCAAAUUGACGGCUUUGGAAACUGAUCCACACAUGGAACUUGAUGCACAAAACAAGAAGAGAAAGGCAUUGGUUUGUGUGCAGUGGAAUUUUGCUUCAACUGGAGGGAGUGGCAAUUCCUCCUUAUUACUGCAGCCUCCUAAAAAGUUGCUUCGGAAUGCUUGUGAGAAAUAGCAUGGCAGACAGUCCUGGUGGGGAGGAAUCAGCUGAAAUCCGUGUCCUGAUACCUUUUUCAAGCAAGGCGGCUCCAUGGACCCCAGCCCCCUCCACAAACAAGGGAGUCCUUCUGUUGGCAGACGAGAAACUCUAGAUCCAGCCCAUUCACUCAGUUUCACCCAGCGCUUGGGUUUGCUAGAGUUCAUCCAGUGCACAUGUUCAGACAGGAUGCAGCCAUGAAAAAAGACCAAGGGAAGUGUGAGUUAUAUUUGCAUUUUUUAAAAAAGCAGCUAUAUACUGCAACCUAUUAUGUCUAGUUUUUUUUACAUUUCUGCAUCCCCUUGAAAAUAAAGGACAGUGCUUACCACGACACUAUUUUGGAUAUACACUUGAAUUAGUGAGUUGCUUUACUUAAAACAGUUGUUUUUGCAUCUUAAUCAACAGCAGUUUGCUCCAAUAGUGAUCUUGGAUGGUGAGUGCUGCCAAAGAUCGGACACAAAAUGUGGGCCCAGGAGGGAGGAAUCGGCAAACUCUGAGGUUUGCUGAAACGCAAAAAAAGAGAGGAAAACCUUGAGGAGGUAAUCCCAC